AAGGAGGAGUCACUGAUGAAAUGUUGCAAAAGAUACAGCAUGCCAGUGGUUGAGUAUCCAAUAACCCCGAGGCCCAACGUUCAGAACUUGAGCGAUCAUGCAUAGCUCCGCACAAGACCUCAUUGAGAGCCAAACCUACAGGCGAAUCAACCUCGAAAUUAGCGGGCCAUGCUGGGCUCAGCUAUAAAUAGGCACUCAAUACAUUUUGAUUCUGGCAGGGACGCUGGCCAACCUCUUUCAAGCGCAAAAUCGGUCAAACGGUUUGCAUCUGGACUACAAACUCAUUCAGAUACGGAAAGACACUAUCCUUCUGUCGUCAGCUAGGCAAUAAGAACUUCAAAGAGUUAGAAACACGGAAGUUGGAGGUCUAUUUAUCUACAGUACAUACACCUGGUGUAUACAGACCCUGAAUGACUGCUUCUCUUGACGUGUCAGCUUUUAAGAUGCUAGAAUUUUACUAGAAUUACAACUUUGUGCGAAGCUUGCCACAGGACCUUCUUUCACUAAAGGACAAAUCCAAUGAGCGCUUCUCAUUAUCAGCUGUGCUGCAUCUUGUCCAGCCAUACCACGAUCGCCCCAACAAACAUGCUCACUCCCCCCGACACCGCCAGUCCCAGCUUCACAUCAGGACUUGGGUCGUUCAAACCCAGAGGAGCUAGGAAUGAAAGCACACCACCUAGUCCAAUCAACCCGUAACCCAGGGGUGCUCUGUCGGGCGUUCUCUUCUUCCCCUUUGCGGCUUGCCGCUUGACUCGAUCACGGAACACUUCUUGCUGCUUCUUUUUGUCGUCAAGGUCGUCUUGCGCCCCCAUCUUUGUCCUCUCGCUACAGAAGACUAAUUUGGGGUUUGAUCAACAGUGAAUGCAGGGCUGGCCGAGACAAUGCUGCCAAUGCUCCAAGGUUCUACCAACUGACGAGCGAAGCGCUCCUGGAGAAGUCCUGAAGGCUGAAGCGACGUCCUCUAGCGUCGCAGCGGGGGUGGAGAUGGCGGACGUCGGCAAAACCAUCGUGUGCAAAGCGGCCAUUGCCUGGGGCCCUAAGACCGAUCUGAGCAUCGAGGACGUCGAGGUCGCGCCGCCGCAGGCUGGGGAAGUGCGCAUCCGAAUCACGCAUACGGCCCUGUGCCAUACUGACAGCUACACGUUGGACGGCCAUGAUCCGGAGGGCUUGUUCCCUUGUAUCUUGGGGCAUGAGGCAGCCGGCGUAGUCGAGAGUGUCGGGGAGGGGGUAACCAGCGUAACGGUCGGAGAUCAUGUGAUACCCUGCUACCAGGCGGAGUGCCGAGAGUGCAAGUUCUGCAAGUCAGGCAAAACCAACCUCUGUGGCAAGGUGCGGCCUGCGACAGGCGCGGGCGUUAUGCUUGUCGACAGGAAAACGAGGUUCACAGCGAGGGGGAAGCCCAUUUACCACUUUAUGGGCACGUCGACUUUCUCGGAGUACACAGUCGUGCACGAGGUCAGUGUGGCGAAGAUCAACCCUGCCGCGCCGCUCGACAAGGUCUGCCUCCUGGGAUGCGGCAUCCCUACCGGUCUCGGGGCUGUUCUCAACACUGCCAAGGUGGAGGAAGGGUCCAGCGUCGCAGUCUUCGGACUGGGCACGGUUGGCCUUGCAGUCAUCGCGGGCGCGCAGAUGGCCAAAGCAGCUCGCAUCAUCGGUGUAGACAUCGACCCCGCAAAAUUCGAAACGGCGAAGAAGUUUGGGGCUACGGAGUUCGUAAACCCGAACGAGCACGAGGAACCGAUCCAGCAGGUUAUUGCUGACCUCACCGACGGGGGAGUCGACUACAGCUUCGAGUGCAUCGGCAACGUCAAGGUGAUGCGAGCCGCGCUGGAGUGCUGUCACAAGGGCUGGGGCACGUCGGUGAUUAUCGGCGUAGCGGCGUCGGGCCAGGAGAUCGCGACACGGCCGUUCCAACUGGUGACGGGGCGUACCUGGAAAGGUACCGCGUUCGGGGGGUACAAGAGCCGAACGGAGGUGCCGGAACUUGUCGAGGGUUACCUCAGAAAGGAGAUCAAAGUCGACGAGUACAUCACCCACAACUUCCCGCUCUCGCAAAUCAACGACGCCUUCAAGCUGCUGCACGAGGGGAAGUGCUUGCGCUGCGUCAUCCAUCUUUCGCCCGAGUCGAAGUAGAGGGAACCCGAACGUCAAAAGCGUGAUAAACCAGGAGCGUCCUCCCAACACAGUGCGAGUGCUUUUCGAAGUGCGAGCAGAGUUGCUGUAGUUGUAGAGCAGUAGCUUGUAGUUGCUCCAAUUAUUGACCCUGGACCAAAAAUACGCCUCCGAUGGACACAAGGCGUUCGAAGCUCUAUAGAAGAUGUCCGAGCAUGAAUUGCAUCACGUCAGCGCAUGGAGGUCCUUAACUCUUUGCAGCAAUUUGUAUCCAAA